GCGCGAAUUCAAGUUCGUUGUAAACACGCUGUGCCUUCUUCUCGCGGAAGAACGGUACUGUGAUCCGCUGACUCGCGGAAGAAUUACGGGAGAAGUAGAAGGGAUUGACGUAUGCGCACGCACACAUUGAUCUCUGGCUCGCUAUUCGUCGCGGCGGUUACACACACAUGUGGACUGCCUGAGAGCAAGGGAGCGAGAUAGAUAAAUGGGCGGUUCGACUCCCUUUGCCCCUGUGCCGUCCCGCGAGAUUUCAAGUCAGCGGAGCACUGUAACUGUAGAUGCACGAAACACGUGCAUAGUAUAACCAGAUGAACAGUAUAAACUGUUGUAUGCUAAUAAAUCAUUCGGUGAAACGUUAGUAAAUGACACCUAAUUAAUUUUUCCAGAAUCUUUCUUCGAUAUCUUUAGUAUUUAAUAAUAUAUUAGAAGAAUGAAACGUUUGACCGAAGAAAAGACGAAGCUUGUUUUGGAAAAGUUAACCAAGUAUAUUGGAGACAACGUGAAGGUCUUGAUUGACCGUCCCGAUGGUAUUUAUUGCUUCCGAGAAAGGAAGGGAAGGGUGUAUUAUGUUUCGGAGAAGAUCCUGCCAUUAGCUAGCAUGGUAACCCCGGAUCGACUAGCAAGCUUUGGAACUUGUUUUGGAAAAUUCACAAAGUCAGGAAAAUUCAGGCUACAUGUCACUGCGUUAUAUCAUCUGGCUCCAUACUCACAAUAUAAAAUCUGGCUGAAAGCAUCCGCGGAGCAACAAUUUCUCUAUGGGCAUCAUGUUUCAAAGUCUGGACUGAGCCGUAUUACAGAAAAUACCCCCAAGUAUCAGGGGGUGGUUAUUUUUUCGACAAGCGACAUACCGCUGGGUUUUGGCGUGACGGCGAAAAGCACAACGGAUUGUAAAUACGCGGAUCCAAUGGCAACUGUAUGUUUCCACCAAGCUGAUAUAGGAGAGUACAUUCGUUCAGAAGAUUCACUAAUAUAAUAAUUAUAUAAAAAUGUGACUAAAAAAAAUUGCUACUUUGGAUUUGUUAACAAAACACCGACGAAGAUAGGUCAAUUCGGACCCAUAUUUUAUUUCCAUUGUUAUAGGAUUUGCUUAUCGCUUUGUAAAUAAAUC